CUUCCGUGUACAACCCUCGUUCCUUCAGAACAACAUGGCGCCACUGUUGGCACCGCUAAAAUGUGGGUUCCACUUUCGAAGACGCAAACUAGCCUUGUUACUUCAACAGACGAGCUCAUAUCAUGUUUGGAAUUGUAAUGAGAAGAGAAGUGCUACUCAUCGUAAACCACAGAACACCUAUCAGUUACUGGGUCCACACGUGAGGACGGCCUCAUGGAAUGUCAACAGACUCCAGAAUUCACGACAGUUACUGGAAGCGGUAAAGCACUUGCAAAUCACAGACAAGCGGACAUGCUGGCACGGUCAUGCAGGAGGGGGUCUGAAUGCGGACCCCAAGAAUGUGCUCAAAGAGGUGAACUCCACAACGAUCCUCUCUGCAAUGAUGUCGUACGUUUGGCCAAAGGAUCGACCAGACCUUCGAGCCAGAGUGGCUAUCUCACUAGGACUGCUCGCCGUAUCCAAGAUGACGAAUGUCACGGUGCCCUUCAUGUUUAAGUAUGCUGUGGACGAACUCAACCAGAUGUCGGGACACAUGUUGAACCUGAACGACGCGCCAAACACAGUGGCUACCAUAGCAACGGCUGUCUUGAUUGGCUAUGGUGUGUCCCGUGCCGGAGCGGCGCUCUUCAACGAGCUGCGGAACGCCGUGUUCGGCAAGGUGGCGCAGAGCUCGAUCCGCCGCAUCGCCAAGAACGUCUUCCUGCACCUGCACAACCUGGACCUGGGCUUCCACCUGAGCCGCCAGACGGGGGCGCUGUCCAAGGCCAUCGACCGCGGCACGCGCGGCAUCAGCUUCGUGCUGAGCGCCCUCGUCUUCAACCUCGGACCCACCACCUUCGAGAUGGCCCUGGUCAGCGGAAUCCUGUAUUACAAGUGCGGAGCCGAGUUUGCUGCGGUGACCCUGGGCACGCUUUCCGCAUACACCGCGUUCACCAUCGCCGUGACACAGUGGAGGACGCGGUUCAGGAUCGAGAUGAACAAGGCUGACAACGAGGCUGGCAACGCCGCCAUCGACUCACUGCUCAACUAUGAGACCGUCAAGUACUUCAACAACGAGAAGUACGAGGCAGAGAGGUACGACAACUACCUGAAGGUGUACGAGUCGUCCUCGCUCAAGACCACGUCCACCCUGGCCAUGCUCAACUUCGGCCAGAGCGCCAUCUUCACCAUGGGCCUCACCGCCAUCAUGGUGCUCGCCAGCAAGGGCAUCAUGGCAGGAACGAUGACUGUGGGAGAUUUGGUGAUGGUGAACGGCCUGCUCUUCCAGCUGUCCCUGCCGCUGAACUUCUUGGGCACCGUGUACAGGGAGACACGACAGGCCCUCAUCGACAUGAACACCCUCUUCACACUGCUCAGUAUCGACACCAAGAUCAAGGAGAAAGUAAUGGCGCCCCCACUGCUGGUCGCCCCCCAGGACGCCACCAUCAGGUUUGAGGACGUCUACUUUGAGUACUUGGACGGACAAAAGGUCCUCGACGGGGUGUCCUUCGAGGUGCCUGCUGGGAAGAAGGUGGCCAUUGUUGGAGGCAGCGGGUCAGGGAAGAGCACAAUUGUGAGGUUACUGUUUCGCUUCUACGAGCCGCAGAAGGGCAACAUCUACAUCGCCGGGCAGAACAUCCGAGAUGUGGGCCUCGACAGCCUGAGGAAGUCAGUGGGUGUAGUCCCUCAGGACGCAGUUCUGUUCCACAACACCAUAUUCUACAACUUGCAGUACGGCAACAUCAACGCCACCACCGAGGACGUGUAUGGCGUAGCCAGGCUGGCGGGCAUCCACGAUGCCAUCCUCAGGAUGCCCCACGGGUACGAAACGCAGGUCGGAGAGAGGGGCCUCAAACUCUCAGGGGGAGAGAAGCAGAGGGUGGCCAUUGCUCGGGCAGUCCUGAAGAACCCACCCAUCCUGCUGUACGAUGAAGCCACGUCUUCUCUGGACUCAAUCACAGAGGAGAACAUUCUGAAUUCCAUGAAGGAGCUGGUGAAGGACAGGACAUCCGUCUUCAUCGCACACAGACUGUCCACUAUUGUGGACGCCGACGAGAUUAUUGUGCUCAAUGAGGGUAAGGUUGCGGAGCGGGGCAGUCACUCGGCCCUGCUGGCCACGGCGGGCAGCCUGUACGCCGACCUCUGGAACACGCAGAACAGCCGCGCGCUCAACGGCGCCAACAACAACAACGGGCCCGGCGGCGGCGGCGGCAAGGCCAAGCCGGAGGCCGAGAUGCUCUCCAAGAAGGAGGAGGAGCGCAAGAAGCUCCAGGAGGAGAUCCUCAACGGCGUCAAGGGCUGCGGGAACUGCUCCUGCUGAGCAGAAGAGGAGGAGGAGGAGGAGGAGGAGGAGGAGGAGAGCGGAGCGGAGCGGAUAGUUUAUCUCCACACCCCUCCGUCCCCUGUGCUCCUGCUCUGGCCACCAACCCCAGCAGGAACAGCAGCAACAAGGAGCAGAGGAGCAGAGAUGGAGGAGAGGAGGAGGAGGAGGAGGAGGUUGUGAAGGUGGGCUUGGAGGUGGUUGGUUGAUCGAUAAAGGGGGCACAAGCCCCCCCUCCCCCCUUCCUCCCCCCUUCACCCCCUCCAUCCCCCAGGACUGCACUGGGGGCUUGUAGCUGCCCGUGUGUACAUGCACAGAUCCCCCAGAUCAGAUCCCAGGAGAGUGAGAUGAGCACCUGCCUGGGGACAAGGACAGGGUGGAGAGGGAGGGGAACGCAUUUGGGACGCAGUCUUCCAGCGGAUUGUGUGUUGCUGCUCUGCUCGUGUGUGUGUGUGUGUGUGUGUGUGUGUGUGUGUAAGAGAAAGAUUGACUGUAUAUGUCCCUAGGACACUGAACUGUGUGUGUGUGUGUGUGUGUGUGUGUGUGUGUGUGUGUGUGUGUUUGUGUGUGUCGUCUUUCUUCUCUCCCUCUGUGAUCAAGAUAAUAUGGUGCACACUGUCACAUCAAUGGGCAUCCAUAUAAUAGUGAAACAGAAACAUGCCUUUGUGUUAAUAACAUAUUACCUAGGUGAUUUUAAAUUAUUUUUCCAUGUAAUUGGGAACUCCAGUAAACUUAUUUUUAUCAAUGGAUGUGUACAUAUUAAUAUUACAUAGUAGUUGUAGAUGGCCGUUGAAGCACAUUGUCAGGGUAUGCUUUUUUAUAUGGAAUGUAUUCAGGACUUUUUUUCGGGAUAGAUUUGAUUGUUCUGGAGCCACUGACAUCUCAUCAGAGAACUUGACAAAAAACAACAACAACAACAACAACAACGACAACAACACAAAUAUGUGAUCGGAUUAUUUAGUCUUUUGCACUGAAACAAAAAUGUCAGUCUGGAGCAUGCUCAGUAGGAACACCGUAGGUAAUGUUGUGAAAUAUUAAAAGUAAAUAUUUACCCCUUGGAUAAUUAUGAGUUCAAGAAUAUUUGGCCAGCAAUUAAUUUAAAAGUAUAUUAAAUCUAAACUUUAAAAAUGUGUAGGAUUUUGAAAAUGCUUGCGUUUUUUUUUUUUUGUUGUUCUUCUGCUACACUGAUUUGCCAAAAAGAUGUGCCUGUUUUGUCUGUGUUUAGCUCCAACUUAAACCGGCUUGACAGGAUCAUUCAGGAGUGACACAAGAUGUAAAUAAUGCUAUGCUUAUAGGCAUAUGUUUAUAUCUAGCCAUAGACUCCACUACAUUCUUACAAAAAAAACAUAAUUAAUAUAUUUUCAGGACAAUGCGGUCUUGAAGGGCCCAUGUUGAUGUGGUGGCUAGAAUGUAGAAAUGAAAGCAAGAAUACACAUGUACAAAUGACCAAGCCUCUUGUUUGUUCAGGUUUGAAAUGAAGACUUUGAACCCAUUGUUGUGGUCAUGACUGCGUCAUGUUCAACCUUCUUGCUCAGUGAGAUAAUCAGGAAUUGUAUCCCAGGGUCUUAUAUGCAGACAUGUGAAAGGACUGGGGAGGAAAAAAGUGAUCGGCACACACAUCUGGAGGAAAAUACAAACACAUUCAAAUAAAGAAAAGAUAAAAAAUA